GCUUUAUAAAAGAGGAAACAAUGAAGUGGAGUCACCGUACAUCAAUAAUUACGUUUUUCCGGAACUAUAAUCGACAAAAAGAAUUAAAGAAUUUUAUUCCAAAAAUAUUUUCUAAAAACGAUAUGAGAAUUUCAUCACGGAACCUUCUCGAACAAAUGCUUACAUCAUAUGUACAUAAAAGACUUGAAUGGAUAGGUGAUUCCAUAAUCUCUACUGUAGUUGCUGAUUAUCUAUUUUUCCGUUUUCAAGAUUAUAAAGAAGGCACUCUUACAACUUUGAGGUCAAAUAUUGUUUGUAAGGAAGCGUUAGCUGUAUUUUCUCGUAAAUUAGGUUUAGAUAAUGAACUUAGGUUGGGAAAAGGUGCAUUAGCAGCGGGUGAUAGAAAUAAUGAAAGAAUUUUAGAAGAUACUUUUGAAGCAUAUAUUGGUGCUAUUUAUUUGGAUUGUGGCAGAAACUUAAAUGAUGUUAUAGAAUUUAUGGAACCAAUUAUUAAACCAUUUGUGGACGAUUUGGUUGCAAACUCUGAAAAUGGUCAUAAUUCAUCUAACAACGUAGGAGUUGUAUAUG